ACCGUGACAAAACAAUUGUGAUGGCCGUGAACGCCUCCGCCGUGCCGCUAGCCUACCAAGCUUACACCAGCGCCGCUGUGCCCGAUUGGCUGAACAAAGGCGACAACGCAUGGCAGAUGACCGCAGCCACCCUUGUCGGGCUGCAGAGCGUGCCGGGCUUAGUAAUCCUGUACGGCAGCAUCGUUAAAAAGAAAUGGGCCGUCAACUCCGCAUUCAUGGCCCUAUACGCCUUCGCGGCGGUGGUUAUAUGCUGGGUGGUGUGGGCCUACAAGAUGUCCUUCGGGGAGGAGCUCCUCCCCUUCUGGGGCAAGGCUGGCCCCGCCCUGGGACAGAAGUUCCUUAUAGGCCAGGCCAGCCUGCCCGCCACCCAGCACUACUACCGCAAUGGCACAGUGGAGACCGCCAUGGCGACGCCCUUCUACCCGAUGGCGUCGCUUGUGUGGUACCAGGGCGUGUUUGCUGCCAUCACUCUUAUUCUGGUGGCGGGGUCGUUGCUAGGGAGGAUGAACAUCAGAGCGUGGAUGAUGUUCGUCCCGCUCUGGCUCACCUUCUCCUACACCGUAGGAGCUUUCAGCCUCUGGGGUGGAGGCUUUCUCUACCACUGGGGUGUCAUGGAUUACUCCGGUGGAUAUGUCAUCCACCUCUCUUCCGGUGUCGCCGGCAUCACCGCUGCUUUUUGGGUAGGCCCUAGAACGAAGAUUGAUAGAGAGAGAUUUCCCCCAAACAAUGUGCUAUUAAUGCUGGCGGGGGCAGGGAUGCUGUGGAUGGGGUGGUCGGGGUUCAACGGCGGUGGGCCCUACAGCGCCAACAUAGACUCGUCGAUGGCGGUGAUCAACACCAACAUCUGCGCCGCCACCAGCCUCCUUGUCUGGACGUGGCUAGACGUCAUCUUCUUCGGGAAGCCCUCCGUCAUCGGCGCAGUUCAGGGGAUGAUCACUGGCCUUGUUUGCAUCACUCCGGGUGCAGGGCUUGUUCAAGGGUGGGCAGCCAUAGUGAUGGGAGUGCUCUCCGGCAGCGUGCCGUGGUUCACAAUGAUGGUUGUCCACAAGAAGUGGUGGCUCCUCCAGUCCAUCGACGACACCCUCGGCGUCUUCCACACCCACGCCGUUGCCGGCUACCUCGGCGGCAUCCUCACCGGCCUCUUCGCCGAGCCCGUCCUCUGCUCCCUCUUCUUGCCCGUCACCAACUCCCGUGGCGGCGUCUACGGCGGGGUCGGCGGCGUCCAGAUCCUCAAGCAGAUCGUUGGAGGCGCGUUCAUCAUCGGCUGGAACAUCGUCGUCACCUCCAUUAUCUGCGUCGCGAUCGGCCUCAUCAUCCCGUUGCGCAUGCCCGAGGAGGAGCUGCUCAUUGGCGACGACGCCGUGCACGGGGAGGAGGCCUACGCUUUGUGGGGCGACGGGGAGAAGUACGACAACACCAAGCACAGUGGCACGUCGGAUGAUCUCACGCCGCCGCACAAGGCGUCUAGCGGAGCUACGCAGGUGGUUUGACAAAGAGGUCUAUACUUAUGCUUUGCUUCAUGUGUGUAUAUGAACCUUUUCGUUUCUUCGGUCAUAUUUAUGCCAUAGGAUUUUUUUUUACAGAAUUGUUAAUCCGUUCUUUAAUUGAAUUGAAUUGUAUCCAUUUUAUACUUCAGCCUCAAAUAUCAAAUUAUAGUGGAGCAAAAUUUAAGAGGUUUGAGUUUGGUUUGU